UAAUUUAAACUGAGCAAAAUGGAGCACUUUGCCCCACAUGGAAACACCUCAUCGUCUCACAGCCCAGUCGACACAAAGCUCCUGACUCAAACUGGCUACACAAUACUGGCUGUAAUCAUGGGUGUGUUUUCUGUUGCUGGCAUCCUCCUCAAUGUCCUGGUGAUUGUGGUGACAGUGAGACACAGACAGCUGAGACAGCCACUCAGCUAUGCUCUGGUUAACCUGGCCAUAUGUGACCUGGGCUGUGCUGUUUUUGGAGGUCUACCCACCACAGUCACCAGUGCCAUGGGAUACUUCAGUCUGGGACGUGUGGGCUGCGUGUUAGAAGGUUUUGCUGUGGCCUUUUUUGGUAUAGCAAGUCUGUGCACAAUAGGAGUAAUUUCUGUUGAACGCUACAUCGUGGUGUGCAAUCCCAUGGGUGCGGUCCUGUUCCAGACCAGACACGCAGUUGCCGGAGUGGUGCUGUCCUGGGUCUGGUCGUUUGUGUGGAACACUCCGCCUCUGUUUGGAUGGGGAAGUUUUGAGCUGGAGGGAGUCAAGACCUCCUGCGCUCCUAACUGGUACAGCCGGGAUGUUGGGAACAUGUCUUACAUUGUCAUAUACCUUUUCUUUUGCUUUGCUGUGCCGUUCUCUGUCAUCACCGUGUCUUACUCACGACUCUUGUGGACCCUCCGCCAGGUGACCAAGCUGCAGGUAUCUGAGGCUGGCAGCACAAAUCGUGUGGAGGUGCAGGUGGCCCGUAUGGUAGUGGUGAUGGUGUUGGCCUUCCUUGGGACCUGGCUGCCAUAUGCUGCCAUGGCCCUUGCUGUCAUAAUGGACUCCAGUCUAAACAUUGACCCCCUCAUUGCUACCAUACCUGUUUACUUGGCUAAAAGCAGCACUGUCUACAACCCCAUCAUAUAUAUUUUCAUGAACAGACAGUUUCGGGGAUAUGCUGUCCCUAUUGUCUUGUGUGGAUGGAACCCGUGGGCCACAGAUCCACAAACCUCCGAGGGCGAGACCACGGUUACUUCUCUCAACAAGAGUCAAAAAGUCUCACCUAAAGGAUCUUUGAAGGAAUAAAAAGUGCAUGCGAGUCUGCAUGGUCUCACUUCUGAAGCAGCAC